AUGACGGCUUCGCACAGUGACUCUUUGGUGGUGUUGUUUGGGGCAACCGCUGGUGCAUAUGGGGCUAAACUGGGUUCGGAUGAGAGGGAACUAAUUCUCUUGGUGUGGCAAGUUGUGGACCUGCACAGCACGAAGUUUAGUCAGCUGGUAUCCAGUGAUUUGAAAGUACUUGGAAGGAGCUCUUACACACUCUGCAGUGAUGGCCAGUUACUCAUUCGACAAGUCCUCCACCCAGAAACAUCCAAGAAGAACUUCGUGCUGUCAGACUGCUUCUAUUCCUUUUAUGAUCUGCGCAAAGAAUUUCAUACUUGCUACCCUAGUUCAGCCGCUGUGAAAGAUCAGACUAUCAAGAGCAUGGCAGAAUAUUUAGGCUUAGAGACAGAUGAAACAGAGGAGGACUUCGGUGUGUGGCAAGUGAAAACCAUGGUGGCUAUCAUUUUCAGCAUGCUUUCGGAAAGUUGUAAUCACAUAUUUACUGAGCCUGAAACUGUGAAAUACAAGUAUGAAACAGGUCCUUGUAGCAAAUCUGAAGCAGUGGACAGUGAGACAGUAAUACGUGCCAGAGGUUUGCCAUGGCAGUCUUCAGACCAAGAUAUUGCUCGAUUUUUCAAAGGACUCAACAUUGCCAAAGGUGGUGUGGCUCUUUGUCUGAAUGCUCAAGGCAGAAGAAAUGGGGAGGCGUUGGUUCGGUUUGUCAAUUCUGAACAGAGAGAUCUCGCACUGGAAAGACAUAAGCAUCACAUGGGUAGCAGAUACAUUGAGGUUUACAAAGCAACUGGGGAGGAAUUCUUAAAAAUUGCAGGAGGCACCUCCAAUGAAGUGGCCCAGUUCUUAUCUAAGGAGAAUCAAGUUAUCAUCCGGAUGAGAGGCCUUCCAUUCACUGCUACUCAGGAGGACGUCUUGGGGUUCCUGGGGCCAGAGUGCCCAGUCACAGGAGGGAAAGGGGGACUUCUCUUCUGCAAGUACCCAGAUGGCAGGCCCACAGGAGAUGCAUUUGUGUUAUUUUCCUGUGAAGAAUAUGCACAGAAUGCACUUAAAAAGCACAAAGAAAUACUUGGGAAACGUUACAUUGAACUCUUCAGGAGCACAGCAGCCGAAGUCCAACAGGUACUGAAUCGGUAUAUGUCGACACCUCUUAUUCCCACUCUCCCAACUCCCAUCAUUCCUGUCAUACCCCCGCCGUAUACCAUUGCCACGGGCAGCAUACGUGACUGUGUCCGGCUCCGAGGCCUGCCUUACACUGCCGGCAUUGAUGACAUCCUGGAAUUCAUGGGAGAUGCCACAGCUGACAUCAAGCCCCAUGGAGUUCACAUGGUCCUUAAUCAACAGGGACGACCAUCAGGUGAUGCUUUUAUCCAAAUGAAAUCUGCUGACAAAGCUUUUAUGGUGGCUCAAAAAUGUCACAAAAAAAUGAUGAAGGACCGUUAUGUGGAAGUAUUCCAGUGUUCGGGAGAGGAGAUGAACUUUGUUUUAAUGGGUGGCACUUUAAAUCGUAGUGGCUUAUCCCCACCGCCAUGUCUCUCUCCACCAGCUUAUGCUGCUUUCCAGACAGCAGCUGUGAUCCCAGCAGAGGCAGCGCUUUACCAGCCACAAGCCCUGUUGCCAACCACCAGGACUGCCCAGGCCUCUGCGGCUGCUCCUCCAACUGUUACCUACUACCCAGCUCAGGCUGCUCAGCUUUAUAUGAACUACACAGCUUACUAUCCCAGUCCUCCAGUAUCUCCUACCACGGUGGGGUAUAUUGCAGCUCCUCCAGGAGCUGUAGCUGCUGCUGCCACUGCCGCCCACACUCCGAUUCUGCCCCAGCCUGGAGCAUUAGUCCGUAUGCAGGGCUUGCCGUAUAAUACAGGAGUGAAGGAGAUACUCAGUUUCUUCCAGGGGUACCAGUACGCACCUGAUGACUACAAUGGCCUUAUUCAGCUGAGCGAUCAAGCAAGGAGUCUGUUACAAGCACCGAAAGAGUGGGUCUGUUUGUAACUCUUUGUAACUUCUGAAGAAGCUCCACACAGAUUCCAUCCUCGUGCUUUACAACUUCAGUGGCCAGCCCAGUGGAGAAGCAUUGGUGACUUUUCCAAGCCUGGAUCUAGCUAAGAAAGCAGUGGCUGAGAAAAACGGACAGCUCCUGGGAAGCCGCUGUGUAGAACUGUACCUGGUCUAACUAAACACUCUUUGGGGGAUGGGGAAAGAAUGUUGCACUAAACACCGUGCCUUUUGCAAAAUAAGAAGUCUUCCCUUGCUGCCCAGGCAGCAGCAAAUGUGCCUUUUCAGCAUCAUGUUGGAACGUGGAGUGGUCCAUGUCCUGGAUUUAAUUUGAAAACUGGCGUAUCCUAUGCCAAAGAUAAAGUGAAACCAAAAAUUAGGCAAUUAAUUUACUUAGUUUCUAAUGUACUUGUUCAAAAAUAAGCAA